AUGCAGACGGCAAGGCUCAAGGCUGAAUCGCAAGGUCGGAAAGCUAAGCUUGCCAGUUCAUACCAUGAGUUACUGGAAGAGUUCUCGUCGAAAGACCUUCGAUCGGUUGGAAAUUAUACUCCUGGACGUCUAAUCGGGAAGGGGUCGUUCGGCAAGGUUUACCUGGCAACUCACAAACUCACAAAUGGAUCAAAGGUUGUUCUGAAAUCUGCGAACAAGGACGACUCGAAUCUGGCCCGCGAGAUCCACCACCAUCGACAAUUCAUACAUCCCCACAUUGCACGACUUUAUGAAGUAAUAGUUACGGAAAGCUUAGUUUGGCUAGUUUUGGAAUAUUGCCCAGGGGACGAAUUGUACAAUUAUCUUCUUAAGCAUGGAGCUCUACCGGUGGAGAAGGUGCAGAAAGUGUUUACUCAGUUAGUUGGGGCUGUGUCAUACGUUCAUAAUUCCCAAUGCGUCCAUCGGGACCUGAAGCUCGAGAAUAUCCUCCUCGACAAGCAUGAGAACGUCAAGCUUUGCGACUUCGGCUUCACACGGGAAUAUGAAGGGAAAGCCAGUUAUUUACAGACAUUUUGCGGCACCAUAUGUUACAGCGCUCCGGAGAUGCUGAAAGGAGAGAAGUACGCAGGCGAAAAGGUUGAUGUCUGGAGCUUAGGGGUCAUCCUAUAUGCUCUGCUAACCGGCGAGUUACCUUUUGACGAGGAUGAUGACAAUGCGACGAGGACCAAGAUUCUGAGCACGGAGCCGAAGUGGCCGGAUCACCUUACCCCAGAUGCUCGCUCUUUACUAGAAGUCUUGCUUUCGAAAAGACCGCUAAUCCGCCCUGGACUUUCCGAUAUCUUGGCCCAUCCGUUCCUCGCAGAGCAUGCACCACAACAGCAAGCUAUUCUAAAGCUCCAACAACCAGCGCCAUUUACGACGCCUUUAGAGAAAGAAACUUUGGAACGUAUGCGCAGUGCUGGGGUUGAUAUUGACCAAGUAAUUGAGAAUGUGUUGGCACGGCGUUGUGAUCCCUUGGCUGGAUGGUGGACUCUGCUUAUUGAAAAGGAAGAAAGAAAGCAAAUUCGAAGAGAACGCAAAAGGAAAGAGAGAGAAGCGGAAAACCGGGCUUCUCGAAGACUUAGUGCAGCAAGCAGCCGUCUUGAGCGAAUGGCCCUGACGAUUAAUGAAGUUAACGAAGAAGGCCAAGGGAUUAAGCUCAGUGACCCACCAAGGAGUAGAGGCCGAAAGGAGAGACGCAGUGCACAUUAUCCGGAUCUUGUCCUGACAGAUCUUCCUGGAUUACCGGAACAUUCUCAACUCGACUCGCCAGACAUUGUCACGCCCCCACCACCUAUUGAGAAAGAUUCAAUACGCUCCGCAAGCUCUUCACGGCAUCGCCGUCCUGUUCCGCCUCCAAAGGAGGGUGUACUUCGAAGUGCAAGAUCUCGAGGAAGCACCUUACAGCUUGUUACGUCAAACCACGACCUACUCUCUCCUAAUGCCAAUGGCAGUUCACCAAAGCCUCCGCGAAAGAAACACCAACACUCUUUCAUCAACCAGCUUGCUCAUUGGAAACAUUGGCUUUUGGAUUCUGCUAAACGUGCAAAAUCUCCUAGCAGAAGAUUAAGUCGGUCAACUCCAGAUCUUCUCCAAAAAUCCACCAAUAGCUCGAGAGCAGGCCAAAAAGACCCUAGUCCACGACCAGCGACCUCAAAGACUCCUCCUUCAACACAACCCCUACUUCAACCAGGACCACAAAGUCAUCCGCCAGUUGCGCGGAUAUACACCACGCCCACUAACAAACGUCAAUCUCUCUCACCAUCUCCCUUAACACCACGCUCCACAUUCCGCCGUGCCAGCACCGGUCUUCGUGGCCGCAAAUCAACAUCAUCAUCCGUCUCCUCCGUCCGCAGCAUCCACCACCACCAUCACACGCACUCCAAAGCCUCUUCUACGUCUUCCAACGGCUCAGGGUCCAUGUCCAAAGUCUCCAUGCCGACCCGCUCACCCCACCACUCCGUGAAAGUCCUCCCCGCAACACCCACCACCUCCUCGUUCCCUUCCAACAUCCGCGUCGUGCGCCAACCGCCCAUAUCAACCUUCAACGAAGCACCAUGGGGAAACCUCGGCAACGGUGCGGGCGGGCUGGUCUUCGCCAAGCGCAAAAAGAACCUCUUUAAAGGACCCAUGGUGAAUACAUCCUCCCCGACUCCGGCCGGAGGUGCAAACCACGCGCGCACCGGGAGCCAUAGUCGCAGCGCGAGUGUGGCUGGUCGCCGGUCUGGCGAGAUUACCGGGAUAGAGGAGGAAGACGAAGACGAGAUUGAAGAAGUCGACGCCUUCUCUCCCAUCACCGGGCCCGGGGAAAUCGAGGAAACGAUCUACCCUGCCAUGGAAUCUCCUGGCGAGAAGGAAACCAUGCGCCUCAGCGGUAAUCGAUGA